UCUGCAACGGUCACGCUGGAACGAGCUGCAGCUUUGGUCAAAAUUUGUUGUUAAUCAAUAGCAAUUAGAUAAUAAGUAAAGUUAUGCUCAGGCAAUUGCCACGGUCACUGCGGAUGACCUCGCGGCUACGCACGCAGGUCAACUAUGCCACCAAUUCCCCGACUGGCCAGUCACAAAUUCCCGUAACUAGGGCUUUGGAAAUCGGGCGGUGGGCGGAAAAGCUCAAGGCCGCCGGCAUCGAGGACACGGAAUUCAACCUGAAGUGCAUCGUGUCGCACGUCCUGAAGCAGAAAUUCAAUUCCGUUCCGGACUCCUUCGCCCAGCUGAAGUUCAAUCCCGGCCAACUAGCGGAUUUCGAACGCUUUCUGGAGGCGCGAUGUGCCCGGAUGCCGCUGCAGCACAUCGUCGGCGAGUGGGACUUCAUGGACAUCACCCUGAAGACGUCGCCCUCGGUUUUCAUUCCGCGCCCCGAAACGGAGGAGUUUAUGCGCCUGGUGAUCGAGGACCACAAGAAUGCGAAGAGUGUCGACCUGCUGGAGGUGGGCUGCGGCUCGGGCGCCAUGUCCUUGUCGAUGUUGCACAGCCUGCCGCAGGUGGAGGCCACCGCCAUUGAGCGGAGCAAGGCGGCCACCGUGCUGGCGGCGGAGAACGCCAAGAUGCUGGGCCUGUUGGACCGCUUCAGGGUUCACAACCACACCAUGGAGGAGGACAAGUACCUGCCGGAGGAGCUGAAGGACCAGAAGUACGACUUGAUCAUCUCCAAUCCGCCGUAUGUCAAGACGGAGGAGUUCCAGUUCCUACACCCCGAGGUGGUUGUCUACGAGAACCUGAAUGCCCUGGAUGGGGGCUCCGAUGGCUUGAGGGUGGCCCGCCUGGUCUUUGACCUGGCCUGCCGGCACCUGCGCCCUGGUGGCAAGCUCUGGCUAGAGCUGGGAAACGACCACCCGCCGCUGGUGAAGACUAUCAUGAACCUGAAGUACGAGGGCCGGCUCAAGUUCGUUGCCAGCUACAGUGACCAGUACAAGCGCGAGAGAUUCGUCCAGAUAGAGAAAGUCUAGGCUGGAUUACUUCAUAGACAAGCUGAUAUAACUUAGACAAUGCAAUUAGCUAUUACGAUCCAUGCAUUUAGCUGUGAUUUGAUUUAUGACCACAAAACCUGCACGCUGCCCAGAGGCUCACUCGCUUAUAUAUUAAAUAUGUAGCGAUAUUUA